AUGCCAAAAUUAGCGUCAUCACUGAAGAAUUUCAAGAAGUACGGCCGUUCACAAGGAACGGAAAUGAAAUACAACGCUAUGAUUUCCACUAAAGAAUAUAUGAAAAAGGCUUUGGUCCCGCCACCAAAGCUUACACUACCUUUUCCUCCUCAAAUAAAUGCCGAGGACUUGAUCGAUACCAAGACACGCAAAUUACCUUCCAAGCCACCUAACGCUUUCUUUAUAUACCGAAAGGUAUAUACCAAAGAAUUGGUCGCUCAGAAUUUCCGAUUCAAGAUGACAGACGUAAGUCCAUUAGUAUCGACUUCUUGGAAGUUGGAAUCGGACGAGGUAAAGACGAAGUACAAAGAGAUUGCGCGAGACGUGCGUCAAAUUUACAAGAAAAAGAAGAAUUCCAUUGAAGAAGUGGAAGAUUCGUCCGACGAUGCAACGUCUAAAAAUGAUGAUUUGCCGAAAACCAAUCCAAAAAAAUCAACCGCCGAUUCUUUCUCCUCAUCCUCAAAUCAAAAGAAACAAACGGAAACCGUGUCUCCCCUAGUCUCGGAAGGAUUAUUAUCAACCCCAGAUAUACCCAAAGAAGAUGGAUUAUUUGAACAAUGGGCUCACACAGAUUUUACCGACUCCAACUUUUUGCCCCACCAAAGUUUCAUUGAAUUUGAGGGCAACAGUAACAGUGAAAAUGCCGCUUGGCAAUCAAACAGUUCUCAUGGAACCGAACCAUUUCCAGUAUACCCGGAUUAUGCUAAUUACUCAUUCGCAUACCAUCAUCAAAUUGAUCAACUUUUUGCGGAACCAUGGGCACAUGAAUGGAGCUUGCUUCUUGAUCUCAGUAUCCCCAAUGUUGACAAUAAUCAAUUUUGA